CAGCGACGAACAGCAACAGCAGCAACGGUGUCCGAGGAUGGAGCAGCCCUAGGCGGCCCAGCCUUCCCGGCCCACGAGCAACAAUAACAGCCCUGUAAGCCCAGUUAGCCGAAGAGGCAAAGCUACGCGCACUCUGCGACUCCAUCAGCAGCAGCUCCCGCUCGAGGGAUACACGACUAGCCCAGUCAGCGCCAUAGCCCAGCAGAUUUUAUCGAAACUCAAUUUCCAGACAACAAUUAUACAUGGAAAGCUAUGUAGAUGCGCACGACUUAUCCGCAUGUGCCGCAUACCAUUAGAUUGCUUGGCGUAGUAGAAUGGCACAACGAGGCAAAAGGAUAAAUAGAAACGACAAUGACUCGGCGUCUUGCCCGAGCGCGAUUAAAAGGCGCAAAUGCAGAGUGGGGCCAGCUGCUACGGAUACACCAGUACCAGUGGCAGCAUUGGGCCCUUCUGAAGAGGAAGAAACGAUGGCUACAUCCAGUCAAGGAGGGUCAUCCUGGACCCCCAGACCUCUCAGUGAUAUUAAAAUAUCUAGCAUUUAUAACAGAUCAGCAGCAGAGCCACCAGCUGAGUUGUAUCGAAAAGACUUGAUAAGUGCAAUGAAAUUACCCGACAGUGAACCUCUUAGUCCUAGUGAAUAUUGGGUGAUAUCUGAUCAAUGGAAACAAGAAUGGGAGAAAGGAGUACAAGUUCCUGUGAAUCCUGAUUCACUUCCAGAACCCACUGUCACUCUUAUUCAAACUCCACCUAUGAGUAAGCUUUAUGGCGAGUUCAAGUUACCAAGAAAGUAUGUGAGAAUACUUAGGGACGAUUUUUAUAAUUCUGAGGAACAUUGUUUGAGUACUACUCCUCAACGAGCUGAAAAAGCUUGUGGCUAUGACUUGGAUGAUACUGAUAUUGCUUGGCUUGAAGUACUGAAUGGAGAAAGAGUACUUUGUGGGCAAUCAGCAAUCUCCGAGACACAGCUGGAACGAGUACUAGAGGAAUUGGAGCAUUGCUGUUGGGAUAAAAUACAAACAAUAGUUAAAAAUGAUGAGGGUCUGGGGAUAGAGUACGAUGAAAAUGCCAUCUGUGAUGUUUGUAGAUCGCCUGACUCCGAGGAAGGUAACGAAAUGGUGUUUUGCGACCUCUGCAAUAUUUGUGUACACCAAGCGUGCUAUGGAAUCACGUCGAUACCGGAAGGUUCCUGGCUAUGCAGGACGUGUACGCUAGGACAGAGGCCGAAGUGUGUACUGUGUCCUAACGCGGGUGGCGCUAUGAAGUCUACGCGUAAUGGGCGUAGGUGGGCUCACGUAUCCUGUGCUUUAUGGAUUCCUGAAGUUAGCAUAGGCUGUGUAGAAAGAAUGGAACCUAUUACAAAGAUAUCCAGUAUUCCGCAAAGUCGGUGGCAGCUAGUGUGUGUUUUAUGUCGCGAACGCGUCGGUGCUUGCAUACAAUGCAGUAUAAAAACGUGCAAAACGGCGUACCAUGUUACAUGUGCUUUCAAACACGGUCUUGAAAUGAAGGCGAUCAUCGAAGAUGAACAAGCUGAAGACGGUGUUAAAUUAAGAUCAUAUUGUCAAAAGCAUGGUAAAAUAAAUGUAAAAGACAGAACUGCCAGUAGAGGUGCCGGAAGCACGAGAGGUAGUGCGGCUGGUUCAGAUUCUGAUGAAGGCGAAGUUCGUCGAAGAGAGCGAAAAGAUAUGAGUUCCGAGGAGAAAAAUCAAGCGCGCGCUACUAAACUCCAGGAAAUCGAAGCUGAAUUCGACAAACACGUAAGCCUAAAUGACAUCACGAAUCAUCAGUUGGAUAUAGAUUCGGACGCUCUUGUCUACAUUUACAAUUAUUGGAAACUGAAGAGAAGAGCGGGCCACAAUAAACCUUUACUUCCACCUCGUUGUGGUGAUCUAUCGGGCUCUGGUGCAAGAGUACAGAGCCAGGCCGCCGACAACGAAAAAAUGAAGAAGUUUGUGCAACUACGUCAAGAUCUUGAGCGGGUGCGCAAUCUCUGCUACAUGGUCAACAAACGCGAGAAGCUCUGUCGUUCAUUUAUCAAAUUGCGCGAGCAAAUUUUCCAUAAGCAGAUGUUGCUAACGGAAAGUGGCUCGGCAGUUGCUACGGUACUCGAGGCUAAUCAUGGUCCCUCGAUUUACGACCAUCUUUACUCGCAUGAUCAAGCUGACAAACACAGCCACGAUCUCGACUUGUUGCUCUCGCGAAUUCAGGGCCUCGAGUCGAACGUACCCAACGACAAGAAGCACCAGCCCGACUUCAAUGGUGCAUCGAACAAGCGAUUACAUUUCAAUGGCACGAUCACGCGAAAGAAACUCUACAGCAGCGAAUCUUCAUCGCUGAGUGGGGGUGAGGCUGAUCAGCAUAAGAUUAGCAAAAGAUCGAGUACGAGUAAAUCGCACACGGAUAAGAAACUGCCGCAACUCAGCAAGUCUAAAGUUACGUCAAAACUUGAGACAGACUCGAGUACGGAAGACGACGAUAAGCAAAGCAAAGCGAGCAGCAGCAAGGUUAGUCCAAGGCGAAAACCUAAGAAGACUGGUGCGCCGGACCGACCGCGACCUUCAUCCCGCAAAGUUCUACACGAAAGUAGUGAGAGCGACUCGAAGCCAAAAUCGACGGCGACGAGAUUACGAACUUUGCAUCACAUGGAACGCGAGCUUGGUAGUGCCUCGGGAAGUGGAUCCGACGACCUCAUUCCCUUCGGCAAUAAGAGCACGGUAGCCUCGCGCUUGAAACCCACUGAGAUCUAUUCUGACACGGACUCAUCACUCGAUCGCAGUUCUACGAAGCUUAGUACUAAAGCUUCUACAAAGUCCCUGUCAUCCAACGAGUCCAAGAAGAAAGACAAAGACAAGCACAAGAGCGGCAAGGAGAAGGACCUUAAGGAUUCCCGGGAAUCGUUGUUCGAGGUGAAGAAAGACUCGAAAAACAAAGAGAACCAGAAAUCCAUCAGCAAGAAAGACUGCAUAGCGUCGACGCUAAUAGUUCCUCAAAGACAGGCCGCCAAAAAGGCCUCGGAGAUAAUGCAACGUUCGCAAAAUAAGAAAGAAAUGGCACCAAGUAUUGGCAACGAGGUCUCUCAGGAUACCAAGCCGUCUGUUGCUGAGGACGCCAUCAAAUCCAAUGUCAAACCGUCGAAAGACGCAAAAGAACCCAAGUCUUCCUCGUCGACGCCGCUGUCCUCGAAAAAAUCUAAACAGGACAGCAGCAAGUCUUCGGCCAAGGACACGCCAAAGAGCAACGAUAUUUAUGACUUCGAUAAGGAGCCAGGCGAUGAAAUUUUUGCCUAUGUGCCGCAGCGACAAGCGGCCAAAAAAGCCGCGGAGCAUAUCAAGAGCAAUAUUAGUGCUAAGUCAACAACGCAUCCACCCGAAGUGGAGGCCGACAAUAAAACCAAGAAAGACGGCGAGUUAACUGUGUCCGUGACAAAGAAGAAACAAGAUAUUAAAAAGGAAGAUUCGCCAGUGAAGGACGAGUCGGCCUUGACUCCAAAGAAAUCCGCGAAAAAGGUCGCAUCGAAGGUGCAAUCCGAGUCCUCAAGUAGCAGUAGUAGCAGUAGCAGCUGCAGUAGCUCGAGCGACAGCAGUAGCGAUUCGGAUGACUCGAAAAGUCCAGAACACCCGACGCGCAGGUCGAGUACAGCCAAGGAACGAACUCUUUCGUUGUCUACAUCGUCUGAAAGUGAAGCGGAACAGUCACCAGUCGGCCACGCAAAGAGUACGACAAAGGGACGGCCGACCAAAGGCGGCGAGACAAAGCAGCCCGAGGUCAAAAGUGACGACGAGGAUAGGCAACAGAGCUCGAUUUCCUCGAUUUCAGGGACUGGGCGGAAACUCAAGAAGCUGCCCGACAAGAAGCUUAAAACUUCCGACGGGCGGCAUGGACACGAGUUUCAGCCGCCGUCUACUGAAAGAGAUGAACCGAGCCGAAGCCCCUCCUCCUGUCGUAAGGAGUUCGACCAGCAGCAGCAGCAACACCAACAACACAAAGACAGCAAACAACGCCAACAGCUCGCCGACAAACCUAAAUCCUCGGUUAAGGAGUCAACUGCCGUCGCCAAAAAGUCAGCUACCGUUCAACCACAGCAGCAGCAACAUCGCCAUCAGCAGCAGCACCAGCCACAAGCUCAAGCUGAUGAAGGUCUGCUCGGUGGGCCUCGAGAUAAUGAUGGGUCACGAAAUAUAUCUAGGCUCAAAUCUUCUAAAAAGCAACCUAGCCAAAGCACCGCCAAACAACAAGACCAACAGCACUCUCCAGCAGACAAGUCCAUUGUCGCCAAGGAAGAACUUGGCUCAGUCGCCAAAGGCAAAGUCCCUGCAGCCGAGGCUCGCAAACGAAAAUCAGGCCAAGUUUCGCAAAAAGAAGAAAAGGUUAGUAGCAAGGAUGCGUCUCCGAUCAAAAAGGUGGAGAAAAGACUGAGCGAGAGAUCGAUCGAGAGAAGCAACGCCAGCAAAGAUUGCGACUCGAACGUCUCGAGAGAGCGGGUCGCCACGGUAGAGCCCAUGCAGAAGGCAUCCACCGCCGCAGAUGAAAGUCCCUCGAGGACGGACAGGAGAUUGAAGAAGGGCAGCAGCAGUGCUAGUGGUAGCAGCAACAACAACAAAAAUGCUGUCCCGUCACUCGAAGAAGAGAUAAAGCAGAGAAAGGCCAAGCAAGACAGUCCGAAGAAAACCUCGAGAGGCUUAGACAAACUGCUUGAGAAACGGGAGCACGAGAAUAAAUUGUCGAAGUCGAAGAUUGCCGAAGCCUCUAAACAAGACAAAUCUCUGAUAUCCGACCGAUCCGAGAGCCUGGAUACGCACAGAGACAAGAGUCAAGAGCACAAUAACCAUCAUUCGACCGAGGCAAAAAGUUCAAAUACGAGAAACGCACUGACAGCGAGUGAAUCUUCUAACAGAAUUGGCGUUGACGCUGUGCACAAGAAAGAUUUAGCCGACACGCCGCUAGCCGAACGACUUAACGAACACAACAAAAAGAAAACUAAGGAGAAGCCCGAUAUUCCUCCUCCAAUUGGUUUGGAUCAAAACAACGAUCCUUUGAAACAGCAGCUCAAGGACGAAACAAAAGGAAGCCAGGAGAAUCUGUUCUCAAGACCAACGCCCGACAAGCACGCCUCGAUGAAUGAGAGCAGCGAGAAGGAGAACAGUAACAAACGUCGUAAAUCUGUUAACCGAUCGAUAUUCUCCCCCCAACACGGAAGUAAAGACCCGGGCGUACCGGAUUUCUUCGAUUUCGACCAGGACAUUCUAAACGACGAUAUGGUUAGCGAUGACGGCUUUAGCAUAUCUCGGGACGCUGCGGCGGUUCCUCCAUUCUGUUUUAGCAAUGAAAUCUGGUUUAAGGAGGACACGAAGGAAGACAGUGCAAGGGAAACCCUUAACCUGGUCGAAAAGCUUCGUAUGGGCAUGUCGAAGAGAUCCAAUUCUAGUCAGUUUCAUUUGGAGAGCAACGUUACCGCCGCAACAGCUGUUGUAUCUGUCGAAGCGGAUAUCAAAGCCUUGAGAAGUGGCGACAUGAAACUUAAAGUAGCUGAGCAACAGCAAGCUGUUCAGGACGCCAGCCAGGUCAAAGUAAUUCCAACGAGCAACUUGAAGAGUAGCAACAACGCGUUACCCCCGCAUUUAGUCAACGACGUAGACCAGGCGGACACACAACAACUUGAUCCAAAGCAAAAGCCUUUUGUGAACAAUAGCGAAGCCUCUUACGUAGACUACGGUAGCGGAGAUCUCGACAGUAGCAAAGUGGCAAUGGCCGAUCGGGCUAAACUUGAUCGAGCAGAAGCAGACGAGCGCUGGGUUCCACCAAGUACGGAUACAUUUAAUACCGCCGAACAACACCUGAAUGCAUUUAUCGACAGCCACCGCUACGAUAUAGCCGGUCAUCAGUUCUCCAAUGAUCUUGGCGCGGCUGUUCUCGUAGAUAACGCUGCCAACACACCCACAAAUCCUCUAGUCUGCUCGCAACUACACAUGGACGUGCAGCAAGAGCAGCAGCAACAACAACAACAACAACAACAACAACAACAACAACAACAACAGCAGCAGCAGCAGCAGCAGCAGCAGCAACAGCAGCAGGAGCAACAGCAGCAGCAGCAGUACAUGAUGCGCUCUGCACAACAUCUUGAUUCACAUGCUGAGCAGAAUCGCAUGGUGCAGGGCGCUGCCCAUCUAGUGGAACAAACCGUCGGCCCGAUUCCUACUCACAUGAUUGAAGAAGUACAACCUUUCGAGAUGGUGACUCGUCACUUGAUGGGCAUGCAAGGUGCAGCUAUGGAUGAUGAUCAAAAUAGUGAGAUGGACCGCGUUCUUGAUAAGGAAGAUCUUAAUUCAGAUGUGACCCGGCAAGACUAUGCUGCAGGUACCUCGCCGUACAACGAUUUGGCGAACGUCAGGCAAGACACGCGCUGGGCCGAGAGCCAGGUGCUACCCUCGCGUCGUUCGACCUCUUCGUCGAUCACGUCGGCUUCCUCGGUAGACGAUCAUGCAGGCAUUCCUCCUUACAAGCAAAACAAUACAAGCUCUGGUAUGCCACCCAUGAGCUUUCCUCCCUGUUCGGUCGAGACGGCCGUUAGUUCCUAUCAUUCGUACGAGGCAGGUAACAGCUAUACCGGCCCCGUCUCGCUUUUUCCGCCUCAAGCCAACAGUGGCCAGUUACCCUACUCAUCAACAGGCGCAACUAUGUUUCCACCACCCAUCGGUGCACCCUUCCCAAUGCCUCAGACUCUACUACCUCAUGUAUCGAAGCCGCUCGAGGAGCAACUGGGCCUGCAGGCCUCGUCGUGUACUGCCGCUUUCACCUCGUCGUCGCACAACAUGGCCUUCACUGCAGCAAUGGUCUCACCGACCAAGAUGUCAUCGCCGCCGGCUUCUCAGUCUGGUCUCGAUGAUCACGAUCUUUAUCAACAUCCGCAGUUGGACCAGAGCUUAGAGCAGCAACAAGUGUUGUCGCAAAGUAAACCGCCAACAGCGCCCAUUCUGCCUAUAGAGGAGAGUCCAGCCGCAGCGGUGGCCACAGCCUUCCUCAAUAGUGUCUCGGAAACAGUUAUUCCGAAGCCACCGGUCAACGAUAAAACAUCUCGAGAGCCGACACCACAAGAACAAGCUAAACGAACGCCUACCCAUCCGGGCAAGAAAUCUCCAUCCAAGCCCACAAGAACAUCGGCUCGAGUCACCUCGUUACAGGGCAAGUCGCCAGGUAAGUCGCCGCGGCAACAACAGCAGCAACAGGAGGUCACGAAGCCUGCGCAGAGCCGAGGCCGCGGUCGAGGCUCCAAGGCCAGCCAAGCGAACAACCGAGGCAGGGGUAGAGGCCGGGGCCGCGGGCGAAGCAAAGCGUCGCAGCAGCAACAACAGCACAACAGCAGCUCGAUGCACCUCGACGAUUCGAUCCAGCACAAGCUCGUGGGCACGGUCUACGACUUUGACUCGGACGAGGACUCGCCCAGUGAGACCAACAUCGCCGACCUGCGCACAAUGCGCGAGCGCAAGAAGUCGAGCGAGGUGUCGUCGCUCGUGGGCAGCGAAAGACGUGACAGCUUUUCCGGAUUGGCCAACGAGUCUCUCGCAGCUCACCUGUCGAGUCCCACCACGCAACGCAACCUGCACAAAAGCUACGAGGAAAGUAGAAGGCUGCUGGCUGCCGCGAGUUCGCCCUCGAUGCCCGGCGACGACUCAACCAUUGGAGCCGAGUCCGAGAGCGGUGUCGGGCAAGCUUUCAAUGACCAGGUGAUGCCAUUGCUGCCCGGUCCCGUGGACAUGCGCACCUACAACUCCGGAGCUGAACUGCAAGGAUCCUCGCUGCUCGGUCAAUCCUACAGCAACCACUUGCUUGGUUCUUUCGCGUCGGCCGAGCAUGGCUCGAUACCCGACAUGGAGGAGGAUCUCGAGAAAGAGCUGCAGUCAGCGCUAUUGGCUAAACAGCAGCCAAAUCUUGUGGCAAAGGGUAUCCCUCAACUGGAUGCCGCAUCAGCUGUGGAAGAGGACUCGCGGAAUCAGCUCAAGGUGAAGAUCAAGGGCCCCUUCCUUGACUCCAACUACAUGACCAGCUCGGCGGUACCGAUACCUCUGGCCCAACAGCCACAUCCCAUCAUCACGCCUACGGUUAACAGCAUGUCCAUGGGCUCGGCCACGGGCACAUCUAGUCUGAGACGCAUGCGCAAAAAGGAACUGCUCCGGCAGUACGUUCUGCAGGCUACCGAUGAGGCGGGCAACGUGCCAUCGACGCCCAUCGUUAUUCCGCCCAUCAACCGCACGGUUAUCACAAUUCCUAAGGCCGUCGCUUCAAUGACCAGCAUUCCCACCCGUGAAGACUAUAAAGACUUCGUGGUCGACGCAAACCUCGACAAGAAACGACGAAAAGAGCGCGCCAGUGUCAGCAGCAACCUCAUUGACGGUCACUCUGAGGAGGAGCCGCAGCAGCAGCAACAGCAGCAGCAGCAACUGUCAGAGAGGCGGCGCUCAUCCGGUGGAACGGCUGGAAACGCCGAGCGGCGACGGGGUCGACAGCCCAGGCCGUCCACCCAGCAACAAGGGAGUUCAGCUGAAACCGGAGCCCAGCAUCCCAAGCUCAAGAUAAAGAUCGGCAACAGCGUACCUAGUCAGGAGGCGACGGCCUCGGGAGCAGCUGCAGCAGCUUCAUCCGCCAGUCACGAAGAUAGGAGCAGCAUAAGGCCACCGAAAAAGAGGCUAAGCAAUAUUCCUAAUAUGCCAAGCAUGGAAGAGUUGCGACGCGAAAGUAUGAAGUAUCGGCGGAUGAUUAUUGCCGAGUUCGAUUCUAGCAGUGGUGGCGAAAAGGUCACCAAGAUAAAGCGUGAGAAAAAGGACAAGAAUGGCAAGAGUAGAAAGAGGAAACAGAAGGAUCCGAGCAACAAGAAGGAGGGUUGCGUGCAAAUACUCGCCGAUGGCAACAAGCCCAAGCUCAUCAUCCGACUCGGCAAGAGCAAUCAGUCGAGCGGUGAUGAAGCUGUCUCGGCCUUGAACCUCGAGUCGUUGACGAGUAGCAACACCAACGCGACUACCAUCAAUACCAACGCUGGCGACAACUCAGUGAAAGCCUCAGCUAACUUCCAAGAUAGACUCGCGGCUCCGCCAUCUACGUCUCCGGAGGACGACACCCCGACGGCCUUCAAAUCCGAGUCAGCGCCACAGGAGGGCAAGCUUGCCGUGGGUGCGCAGCUCGAACAUUCGGCAAUCAGCGCACUCAGAAACGUACGAUGCGCCAAGGUUUCGCCGAUCAGGUUAAAACUAACUCGACGGACUGGCCAGGGCGGUUACGAGCUCAAAUCACCGGGCCACGGGGUGUCUGACGAACAAGCGCCUGAAGCAACGGUCAAAUUGGAGCAGCCUGAAACUCCAAAGGAGAAGGAUGAGCAGCAACAACAAUCAGAGAAGAAAAGCGACCCGGAUGAUAAAAAGAAGAAGACAAAACAAGAAGAGGUGCCGACGUUGCAGCUGCCGUCUUCCAUGGAUGAAGGAGACGAAAAACUGUCGGCACUCGGCCAGCCGACGACGACUGCAACGACCACGACAUCACCGCCGACUGGCUGCCCGUCUGCGCCGAUCCCUCAAGGAUGCCAAGUUAGGUGAUAAUUAAUGAUAGCUGUAUAAUAUGAGCAAAGGCUGCACGCCACCGACUAAGUCGCGAUUCUCACAUAGACAAUGGUUAUAUUACUAUUAUACAAAAAGUAUAUAUAUAAAUAAAUUUUAUAUAUAUGUAUAUACUAUAUAUAUACAUGUUUCGCGCGUAUGUGUAUAUAUAUAAUAUUCAUAUAUGUACGAUAUCCAACGUUAAGACGGAGAGACUCACUAGUAGUUAGAGGAUGAUAAUUAAAAAAUGCGUUGUAAGUGUGUAAUAUAAAUUAUUCGAUUAAUUCUAAGUGUAAAUGAUAUGAUCUGAGGGUGAAGUGAAAUGUCACAAAGUGCCCAGAAUCACCAUUAUUAUUAAAAGCAUGUGCAUUUCCAAUGGACGAGUGCGGGAGAGAAUGAAUUAGUAAGAGUGAGUGCUGUUAUAGCCGGUCUCCUAAGCGCGCAUUGGUCUUCUAGGGUGUUAUGGAGGCCAACUCUCGGCUUUCCAAUCGUAUACUGCGCAUAUACUCGUACAAACAUUCAAUCCUUUUGUUUAAAGUAUCUUCCUAUCAACUUAUAACUUAUUUUACUUUUUUUAAAGCCGUUACAGUAGUGAAUUUUAAAAACAUUUCUUACAUACAUAUAAAUACACUUAUUUUCACAAUUGGUUUGAGACGCCGUCAUCCAUAGGGUGAUAAGUCGCAUGUUUUAGUAAUUUAAUAACUAUUAAAGAAUUAUGAAAUUUUUAUUUUCAAAGCUGUGUGGUUGCCUUUUACAUCACUUUAGAAUAAACUACUCAAUUGAAUACAUAAGUUUUUCUAGAUAAUCUAAUUUUUAAUCUUUUUUUUCGUUCACACGUUGUUAUUUCAUAUCUUACUUAUUGAUGUACAAUGCAACAUUGACGGCGAAUUUGUAAAGUUGAUAUAAUAUGUGAUUCUACUUAUUUAUACAUAUUUUUAAUAAUUUUUUAAAUACAGAAUUUUAUCGAAAUACUCAUUGCUUUUUAUUUAUUUGAAUAGAAAUAUACUUUACGUAGGAAAUAAUUAACUACAAUCCGGUUGGGCAAUACAAUGGAAUGAAUUAUCACACAGCUGGUAUCACAAUUUUGAAAAUAUAUAGCGAAAAAUAAUUGUUUAUUUCACUUAAAAAAUAUUCAUGAUAGUUAUUCAUAAUCGUAUCGAUCAAUUUUUUUGAAUGCUUAAGUUAUUUUCUUUUCUUUUUUAAAUUUAUAAUAAAAUAUUUUUCCCUAUUUGUAACUUUUAAAAAUCAAUACUGAUCAUUAAAGUUAGUAUCACAAACAUGUUUGUAUACAGUUUAUGCGUAGUAAUGAUCAACACCUUUAGCAAGCGCAGAGAUCUAUAUUAAGUAAUGAAACAGUUUUUUAAAUUCAGCUGUAUACAAAAUACAACAGAUCGUUGUUGAAUUUUACAUGCUAAUGCUUAAACAAUAAUUUUUAAACGUUUCAGGUAAUGAAUUUUAGUCAAAAAUUAUUCAGUAAAAUUUGUCCUAAACAAUUAAUAUCGUACAAAAGAUAAAUCUGAAAUAUAUAAAAACAAAGUUCUAUAUUGGUGAAUUUAUAUAGUGAAAGAAGUAUACUUUUUAUUACUUUUUUACAAUGCUCACUUUUCUUUUACUCCUUAAUGUGUACAUUGCCUAAAGAACAGUGCAGCAUUUGUUGUAACAAAAUUUUGUAAGAGGAUAUCUGAAUAGAAGAUUAAAAUAUCUACAAACACAAUCUUCUUGUUAAAUCAAAUCCGAAAGAAUUUUGUCCGCGAGAGGCCUUUCAUAUUGGCAA